AUGUUAGUAUUUAAAGGCAUUAAAGUUUUAGCUAUACCUUUCCUAGUUCUUUUAAGCAUUUGUGAAACAGAAAAUGCUUACAUUUCGUCGCAAGCUUAUAAUAGCCAAACAACUCAUUUAAAAACCCAUACGAAUUUGGAAACUAAAAUUUCAGCCGUAACCCAGUGCCAUCAUAGUUUUGCAGUGCAACCCUUUACAGAUCACAAUUUUCUAUAUAAUAGUCAUAAUGGAGAAAGUAAAGUUGAACAUCAUAAAUCUUUAAAUCAUAAUAUCGUACAUGUCUAUACUCAAACACAACCAAUCUCACAACUCCACUGGAUAUAUAAAUCGAAUUAUUAUCCAAUUCGUGAUAAAAAUUUUCUCUAUAAUACUCACAAUGGUGAAAGUUCUAUACAUCAUCAAAAUUCUUUAAAUCAUAAUUACUUGCAUAUAUAUACACAAGUCCAUCCAACUGUAAACUCUACUGGAUACUCCAAAAAGUGUGUUGAAAGUUCAAAGCAUUUCAAUACUCACGUAAUUUCUUCGAAAGCAAAUACAAAUAAUGUAACUUCAAAUUCCGGUUCUACAAAUUCAAAUCCAGUAACUACUAUGACUAAACCACUAAAGAUCGGUUCAAAUAUUAACAUUGAAGAAGCUACAAAAAUUAUCGGCAAUUCAACCCAAAAGACCGACAAAGAUUUCAAAAAUAAUAACCAAGAGAAUAAUGUCAAUGAGAAGAAAAAGCUAAAAUCUUUUCAAAUUUUUAAGAACAAGAAUCUGAAACAUUUUGUUGCAGAACAGGCUAGAAAAAUUAUAGAAAACUCAACAUCAAACGUCAAAUCCGAUAAUGAUGCAGUAAAGAAACCUUUUAGGAUUUUUAUGAACAAAAAUCUGACAAAUAUUAUGUCUGAGCAGUCUAGGAAAUUUAUGCAUACAACUACAAAACCAACCGAUAUUGAUAAUUCGACCCAGUCCCCAAUCAAACCAAAUACAAAUGUCGUAGCUGAAAAAGAUAUCAAAAAUAGUGAAAUAAAGCCAAAUUUCAAAUCCGAUAAUGACACUGGACAGGAAAAAGCUAGAAAAAUUUCUGAAAGUGUAAAUGAUAAUAAUAUUGAUGUUAUAUCAACAACCCUAAAGCCCACUACACAUAAUGAGAUCGAAAAGAAGAAAAGCUUAAAACCUUUUAAAAUUUUUAAGAACAAAAAUCUAACAAAAUUUAUCUCAGAACAGGUUAGAAAAAUUUUACAUACAACUACGAAGCCAAAGGAUAUUGAAAAUGAUAAGGAAUUUAUUGAAACUACAACGGCAAAGAAUGUUAAAGAUUCAACUAUAGAUACAACCACUAGGAUUCCAUUUGUAUGGAACAAUGAUGUUGAACUAGCAAGAUAA